AGAAGUAGAAUAUUAGGUGUCGUGAAAGUUUGCACGUGAUGUUAUGAUUUUCUUAAAGAUUAUACAUACCAUAAACAAAUUUUAUAUAAGUGAAUUAUUUUUAUUAUUGAUUAUAUCCAGAGUGAUUCAAUGGAACCAUGACGGAAAUUAAUCAAAAAAACAGUUCUGUUGACUAUAGAGUUACAUCUCUAUUAACUGAACAUUUUGGAUUCCCACCAUUAGCAUUAAUUGAUGAUGUUAUUAAUGCUGUUAAUGAAAUUAUGUAUAAAUGUACAGUUGGAAUUGAAACAUAUUUAAAGGAGAAGAGACAACAAGCACUUGAUUCUAUACAAAAUGGAGGUAGUAAUGAUAUAAAUAAUAAUGUAUUUGUUAAAUUACCAAGUGAUGAAAUUGAAAUUGGUACAGGGAAAUUAGAAACAUUAUUAGAGAAUCAAGUUGAUAAAAAUUUUGAUAAAUUUGAAUUAUAUACUUUAAGAAAUAUUAUGACAUUACCUCUGGAUUUAGUUGAAGAAGGAUGGAUUAAAUUAAAACAUCAUGAAGGUAUUUCAUUUGGUAAAAAUAAAGAGAAUCAAAUAAAAAAGACAAAAGUUGAUAAUCAAAUUAAUAACUUAAUUUCGAAUAUUAAGUUAGAAUUACAUUUACGAAAGAUUUUUAAAUUACAAAUUCAGAAGGCUAAAAAAGUAAUUAAGAUGCUCGAAUUAUUUCGAGAUAGUGUUAAAUUUUUAAAUAAUUCAUCCUCAUCAGGAGAAUAUCAAUUAUCGCAACAAGCAAAGGACGCGUUUAAAGCAUUAUCACCAGUAGAGGAAACAUUAUUUUUCUUAUUAAAUCAAGUUGAUGAUUUAAUAAAGCAAACAAGAGCAUUAGCAACUCGUGUCAAUGAAGAUACAACAAUUUCAAAAAUCAAAUUCACUCCUAAUUUGAGAGAUCGAUAUAUUGAUAAUAAAGCCAUCAAAUUACUUCUGAAAGUUGGUAUAACGGAUAAAGUAAUUAAUACAGCCACUGAUGCCAUGGAUAUCGAUCAGGAGUCAGAAGUACCAAUUGAACAUGAAGUUGAAGAUGAAGUUGAAGUUGAAGUUGAAGAAGUAGAGGAAGAAACUGGAGAAUUUAGAAUUAAUAGUCAAAAUAACAUUGCUGAUGACGAUACUCUAGAAUCGAAUUUUGUGCCCGAUAUCUCGCUAACUACAGAACUAGAAUCUAUAAAAACUAUAUCUGAAACUUUAGCGGAUAAAUCGUCAACUACAGAUUAAUUCUUGUCUUAGUUCCCCAUAGUUUCAUAUGUGUAUUAUUAUGUAAUUUAGAAUAUAAUGUAUUAUACUUUGCAAGCGCGCUUAUGGUAAUCUUUCCCUUUUCGGUAACUGCAAACGACCCUUACUCCCAAAAGCAAAAAAAAAGCCUUAUUCGAAGAUUGUUGGUCAGAUGACAU